GGCCCAAGGGGUGGGGGGAGGGGUACUUGCUCUCCCCGGGCUUCGCACGCAAGAUGGCGGAGGCCGCCAACUGCAUCAUGGAGACGUUUGUCACCACGCUGGCUAACGGGAUGAGCCUGCGGACUGCGCUAGAAGAUGUUUCGUGCACCCAGCCUGAGGGCAGUGGGAAGCCCCCGGCUGAGGAGAUGACAUCCAAGGACUACUACUUCGACUCCUAUGCCCACUUUGGCAUCCACGAGGAGAUGCUGAAGGAUGAGGUUCGCACCCUGACCUACAGGAACUCCAUGUUCCACAACCGGCACCUCUUCAAGGACAAAGUAGUCUUGGAUGUGGGCAGUGGCACUGGCAUUCUCUGCAUGUUUGCUGCCAAAGCAGGGGCUAAGCGUGUCAUUGGGAUCGAGUGCUCCAGCAUCUCUGACUAUGCCGUCAAGAUUGUCAAAGCCAACAAGCUGGACCAUGUGGUAUCCAUCAUCAAGGGGAAGGUGGAAGAGGUAGAGCUGCCGGUGGAGAAGGUAGACAUCAUCAUCAGUGAGUGGAUGGGCUACUGCCUCUUCUAUGAGUCCAUGCUCAACACUGUCAUCUACGCCCGUGACAAGUGGCUGACCCCAGAUGGACUCAUCUUCCCAGACCGUGCCACGCUGUAUGUUACGGCCAUUGAAGACCGGCAGUAUAAGGACUACAAGAUCCACUGGUGGGAGAACGUGUAUGGCUUUGACAUGUCGUGCAUCAAGGACGUGGCCAUCAAGGAACCACUCGUGGAUGUUGUAGACCCCAAGCAGCUGGUCACCAAUGCCUGCCUCAUCAAGGAGGUGGACAUCUACACGGUGAAGGUGGAGGACCUGACAUUCACGUCACCCUUCUGCCUCCAAGUGAAGCGCAAUGACUACAUCCAUGCCCUAGUGGCCUACUUCAACAUUGAGUUCACUCGCUGUCACAAGCGCACCGGCUUCUCCACCAGCCCUGAGUCCCCCUACACUCACUGGAAGCAGACAGUGUUCUACAUGGAGGACUAUCUGACAGUGAAGACAGGCGAGGAGAUCUUUGGCACCAUCAGCAUGAAACCCAAUGCCAAGAACAAUCGUGACCUGGACUUCACCAUCGACCUGGACUUCAAGGGCCAGCUCUGUGAGCUGUCAUGUUCCACGGACUAUCGGAUGCGCUAGCCCGGCCCACAGACCCCCCCCCCCCAUCCCCCUUUCUCUCCCACGCUCCUGCCCACCCUCUCCCCAACAUCUCACUAACCAUUGCGCUGUGUGAUCCUGCUGCUAGUUGCCCCAUGGGGGUAGUGGAAGAGGGUGGGGCAGGGACUGAGGGUGGCUGAUAAGCCCCCUACCCCCCACCCCAUAUUAUGAAUUGCGGGGGUGUACAGCUGCCAAUUUGGGAGGGGUCCCCUCCCUCUGCCCACAGUGUUCUGGGGGUGGCUAUAGAUGGGGGGGGGGAGUCUAAUACCCUCCCCCAGUGCCCUCCAUCCUGGGGCUAGCUGCCCCUUAUCUCAUUUUUUUUGCUUUUAAACAAUGUUCUCUCCCCCCAUAACUCCAUGUACCUCAAUACUUCCCCUAGCCCCCCACCAUCUCCAGCCAAGGAGUAGGGGGUGUCUGGCCUUGAAGGAGGGGGGGGGCUGCCCCCUGGUGUAGUGGAGGAGGGCAGUCCUGAGACCACCCCAGUCUCCCCUGAGCUGUGCUAUAUCCUGCCUUGGGUUUUUUUUUGCUGGGGGCAGGGUUUUUUGGGGGGGAGGGGAGGUGACCCCUCUUUUUGUGUCCUUGCUGACGGUUUUGUCCCGUCCCCCCCCUUCAGUAAUUUUACCCCGCCCCUUCCCCCAAAUCUGGCUGACACAUUGUCACUGUUUCAUAACUUAUGUUUUUAUAUGGUUACAUUCAUGAGGAAAAUAAAGACAUGAAACCAA